UGUCACGUUCACGUAGACCAGAGCACUGUGCCGGAUGUUUCACACACCGCAGCAGCAGCAACUGACCGACACCGACGAUUUUUAAUCAAGCAACCCUGCUAGUGGACACUAAAUCAACCGGUCAUAAACCACAAUCACACGCGUCGAAUAGUCAGUGUCUGUUGAUGUGCCAUUCAGGAAAACAGAAAAUGCCGCUGGGUGAAGAGAAAAACGGAAAAUGCGACGGGUCAAUAUAUGUAAACAAUCCACACUUGGACUCUAUGACAGAUGACAUUCUUUACCAUUUUAACUUGGGAACAUCCACUCAUGAUUUGCCAAAGAUGUUUGGGGAUGUCAAAUUUGUGUGUGUAGGGGGAAGUCCAUGGAGGAUGAAAUCUUUCACUGAAUACAUUGCCAAAGAACUGGGACUGGUGGACCCCAAUGCAGAAUACCCAAAUAUAUGUGCAGGAACUGAUCGUUAUGCCAUGUACAAAGUGGGACCUGUGUUGUCUGUCAGUCAUGGCAUGGGCAUUCCUUCAAUCUCUAUAAUGCUACAUGAGCUCAUCAAGCUGCUGUAUCAUGCUCGCUGCACUGAUGUCACCGUAGUGCGCAUUGGAACUUCAGGUGGAAUAGGUUUAAAGCCAGGGACUGUAGUGGUUACCAAACAAUCAGUGGAUUCUCUGUUCCAGCCUCACCUUGAGCAGACUAUUCUGGGUAAACCAGUGGUCAGGAGCACAGAACUCGAUAAGGAACUUGCCGAGGAGCUGCUUCAGUGUGGAAAAGAGCUUGGAGAGUUUGAGAUCAUCAUUGGAAACACAAUGUGCACUCUUGACUUCUAUGAAGGUCAAGCUCGGCUGGAUGGUGCCUUCUGCUCAUACAGUGAAGAAGAUAAACAGAACUAUCUUGCUGAAGCCUAUGCUGCUGGGGUUCGCAAUAUUGAGAUGGAAUCAUCUGUGUUUGCUGCCAUGUGCAAACUGAGCAAUCUUCGAGCUGCGGUUGUGUGUGUGACACUGCUAGACAGGCAGAAAGGAGAUCAGCUGACCAGCUCUCAUGAAGUCCUGAAUAACUACCAGCAGAGACCACAAGCCCUGGUUGGACAUUACAUCAAAAAGAAGCUAAACAUCUCUAAGAAAAGCUAGUUCGCAAAAUAGCUUUCCAAGCCAACAUAGCACUAUAGUGAAGGUAGGGAUCAGUAUGGUGCAGCUUAAUCAAGAGAUUCUUAUAUAGAUAUAUAUAGAAAAGAAAGAGUCUUUUAGAAUUUGACUGGUUUUAUAAAAAGUGACCAAAGUAACAGAAAUGCGUUGUCCUACAGGCUAACACUUCUGUGUGAAGCUUCAUGAAUGUAAUACCUUAAUUUACCAUUUGUUUUGAAAUGGUAUGUUUUACCAUUUUACCAAAUUAUUAGCUGCUUUUGCAAUGUCAGGCUGAAUGGUUCUAAGAACAGUCUGGUACUGUUAAUUUCUUAAUUCCACGUGAGCUGAGAAUGAUGCAGCAUGAUUGCAAACUCUUCUCUGUCCAGAAGUAAAGGCAGAGUAAAGCUUCAACACACUGAAUGCACUUAUCCGUUAAUUGAUUUUAGAAAAAAGCAGUGCGUUGGGGUCUCAUUUAUAGAUGUGGGGUAAAACUUGGGUGUAAAUGUGCAUACGCUAGUGAUGGCGAUCACAAAUGAAUUCGAAUCUUCUAAGCCAGUGGUUCUCAAACUUUUUUUUACCAAGUACCACCUCAGAAAAAAAAUUGUCUCUCCAAGUACCACCAUAAUGACCAGUACUGAAAUAUAGCGUUGUAGGUCUAAUUAAGCAGCUACAGCUGUGCACAGUUUGAGGCACAUUGCAAACGAGGCAGAUUAAUUCCUAUUAUUAAGAAUAUGUAUUAUUGUCAGCCACUUUAAACAUUAUAAAUAGUUUGAACAUUAACUGUACUUGCAGGUAAAAACAAACA